CCUCUUUCUCUCUCUAUCUCUAUCUCCUCGGGAUCCGCACGGGGUCUCGCUCGAUAUCCUGCGCGAUUCCUCUGUCUCUUCUCCUUCCCGACGUCCAUGCCCUAGGCCCUCAGUAAAUCCAACCUCCCCACUCCCCAUCUACAAAACAUUCAAAAAGUUUUGAAAACCUAAAUCUCCGAAAGCAAGAAACGGCUUCACUGGGAGAUGGCGAAGCCUCUCUGAGAAAGAGACAAAGCAGAGAGGCCUGAAGAACAAGACGCUCGGAACUCAUAUCUUUCUCGUAUCUUAUUUUCCAAACGUAGUCCUCAAUCUUUGAAUCUCUCUCUCUCUCUCUCUCUCUCUCUCUCUCAAGCGCUUUCAAGAUGAAGAGCAACGCCAACGCCAAGCUCAUCGUCUUCCAUCCUUCACUCCACAAGCAAGCGAGCGCCGCCCCAGCCUCUCACCGCCUGUGGGUCCUCUUCUUCAUCACCUUCUUCACCUUAGCCUUCACUCUCACCCUCUUCAACUCCGCCAUCCCCUCCUCCUCUUCCCGCUCCGCGUCCGCCGCAUCCUCCUCCUCCGCCGCCGCCGCCACCGUCCCUGCCGCCGUGGCUGACGCCCUCCUCCACUACGCCACCACCACCAACGCCACCCACAUGACCCAGGCCGAGAUCGCCUCCAUCGCCGCCGUCCUCCGCCGCUCCCCCUCGGCGAACUUCCUCGUCUUCGGCCUCACCCACGAGACCCUUCUGUUCAGGGCCCUCAACUUCGACGGCCGCACGGUGUUCCUCGACGAGAGGGAGUUCUUGAUCUCGCAGCUCGAGCAGCAGCACCCGGGGAUCGAAGCCUACGACGUCCAGUUCACGACCCGGCUCAGCCAAGCGUCGGGCCUGAUCAAAUCGGCGAGGGACCAGAUCAAGACCGACUGCAGGCCGGUGCAGAACCUGCUCUUCUCCGAGUGCAAGUUGGCCCUGAACGAUCUGCCGAACUACAUAUACGAGGUGGACUGGGACGUGAUCUUGAUCGACGGGCCACGCGGGUACCUCCCGUCGGCCCCGGGAAGGAUGUCGUCCAUAUUCACGGCGGCGGUCCUGGGAAGGAGCAAGAAGGGCGGGGGCGGCGGCGACGGGAAGACGCACGUGUUCGUGCAUGACAUCGACAGGGAGGUGGAGAGGAUCUGCAGCGAGGAGUUCCUGUGCGAAGAGAACUUGGUGGAGACGGUGGAUUUGCUGGGGCACUUCGCGGUGGAGAGGAUGGAGAGGGACAGCUUCGAGUUCUGCCGGAACAGGACGAAGCCGUCGCCGUCGGCAACGAGGAAGAUGACUGAUAUGUAAUCCGGGUUAACGCCGAACGCCGGCCCUUGCAUUUGCCUUUUGCAUCUGCAUUGUUAUUGGGAAAUUGUAACUAGCAUAAAAUAUAGAAAAGCCUGAAUUACUGUCCAA